UUCAAGCUACGUUUCCGGCUGGGCGGCAGGUUUCGGGGUAGCGUCGUGUUCUGCCGCGGUUGCAACCAUGGCUCGAAAUGCAGAAAAGGCCAUGACUGCUUUGGCAAGGUUUCGCCAAGCUCAGCUAGAAGAAGGAAAAGUUAAGGAGCGAAGACCUUUCCUUGCAUCAGAAUGCAAUGAAUUGCCCAAAGCUGAGAAAUGGAGACGACAGAUUAUUGGUGAAAUUUCCAAGAAAGUGGCCCAAAUUCAAAAUGCUGGUUUAGGUGAAUUCAGAAUUCGUGAUUUGAAUGAUGAAAUUAACAAACUCCUAAGAGAGAAGGGACACUGGGAGGUCCGUAUAAAGGAGCUGGGAGGACCUGAUUAUGCUAGAAUUGGCCCUAAAAUGCUUGACCAUGAAGGAAAAGAAGUUCCAGGAAACAGAGGUUAUAAAUACUUUGGAGCAGCUAAAGACCUACCUGGCGUUCGAGAGCUUUUUGAAAAAGAAC